AUGCGACGUCCACUGCACAUACUCUUCCUAGGGAGUGACGAUUUUUCUGUGGAUGUGCUGCGAGCGGUAUGGCGGAGGCGGUGUAGUGGACUUAAGCAAGAAAGCGACGGCAGAGGAGACGUAGACAAACUAUCAGUCAUCACACCAGCACCAGCUAGAACGGGGCGAGGAAAGAAGCAACUACGCGUGCCGCCGCUACUGGAGCAAUCGCAACAGCUGCAACUCCCUACAUACACACCCACUGCCGGUGAGCUACCGCAUAUGGCCAGCCACCUGCCCGCACUCGACGUCAUACUGACAGCCUCAUACGGACACCUGCUGCCCACCGAGCUGCUGCGCGCCGUGCGCCCGCAACACGCCAUCAAUGUCCACCCGUCCCUCCUGCCGGCACUGAGAGGCGCAGCGCCGAUCCAGUGGGCCAUUGCGCGCCAGCUGCGCGAGACAGGCGUAAGCAUCCAAACAAUGCAGGACGACGUCUUCGAUAGCGGAGAAAUACUCCUGCAGAGAACUCACCCGCUUUCGUCGUCCACCUCGCACAGACCUACUACGCCCUCUCUCGCCAAGGAGCUCGGGCUGGUGGCGGGCGAGAUGGCGGCCGAGGUGGUGGAGAAUCUCGACCAUUAUAUCCGACACUCGUACGCUCAGGACACAGCGCGUAUAACACACGCACCAAAAGUAGGCAGAACUGUCGGCUUUGUCGACUUUGCUUGCAUGGCGGCAGAGACUAUCGACAGCAGACACCGCGCUUUCAGCCAUCAGCGCCCACUAUCAGCUACACUGGUACAGUCCAACACUACGCACCAGCUACUCAGCGUGGAGGUGGUGGGUGGUGAUGGCCUUGUUGCAGACACCUUCUCAAACGCGGUGGAAGGCUCAGCUUCCCUCAUUGAUAGCCACCUCGUCGUCAAAUGCGCUCGCUCUUCUUACCUCCGUGUCCACUCGCUCAAACCGCCCGGUAAGCACGCAAUCAGUGCGCAUGAAUGGUGGAAUGGACACAGACAUGGGCUGAAUAUUGUCAACUUCACAAAGCCAUCACUGUAA